UAAAAUAUUAAAAAAAAAUAAUUGUCAUCCUUCCCAAUUAGUGCAAUAAUAAGCAAUAAAGUAACCGGGCUAGUUAAGCCAAUGUUCUGAAAGUGAGUGCAAAAUAAUCAACCGAUGACCUCGUCGCCACCGAAAGAAUGCAUCAUCUGUCGCAAACCGCUGAAAAGUCGCUCCAGUCGACACUAUCACGAACACUGCCAGAACCCGGAGCUGAAACCGUUCAAGUGUGACCAUUGCGAGCGCACCUUCAGCUCCAAAUCGCACAAGACAUUCCACGAAGAGACCCACUCGGGACGACGACUUCGGUGCAAUCGCUGCGACAAGACCUACCAACACCAACGUGAUCUUGAUCUUCAUUGCCGCGAGCAUAGAUCUUCGAUGGCGCUGCAAGAGGCAAAGUGCAACAGGUGCUCCGAACAAUUUGAAACACAGCAGGCACUGGCUCAGCAUAAGCGAGCACGGCAUGCUGGGUCGAAGCGAUUCAAAUGUGAUCAAUGCGAUAUGACCUUCGGCCUGAAAGGCAACCUAACGAAGCAUGCCAAAAUUAUACACUCGAAAGAGAAGCUAUUCAAAUGCGAUCACUGCGGGAAGGCAUUUUACCGUAAUAAUGCCCUGAAAUUCCACAUGCUAAAUCACCGUUCCAGGGAUUUCCAGUGCAAGACGUGCCAGAAAGAAUUCGUCGACGCCAGAAACCUCGAACGGCAUCUCAAAACGCACGUAACUUCCAAAGAAUUCAGGUGCGACAUCUGCGGAAUAUCCAGCUCCCGAAAGGACAACAUCCUGCGGCACGCUAGAAGCUUCCAUCCGGAAUGUGACAUUGAGAAAGUUGUACUUAAGGCUGAAAUCCCCGACCAGCUCGACGCAAUCAAAAAAGAUGCCAAACAAAGUAAUAAGUCAACGCCGAAAAAGACUGAUCCCAAACCCGCGGAAGCGCCGAUUUCAAAUCGCAUCAGCGUCAUUCAAGUGGUAGGAAAACCGAAACCGCUUGAAACUCCCAAACCUGCCGCCGUACCGUUCACCGUCGCCGCUGGUUCUGCAAAGACUGAACUCCUGUCAAAACCCUUGCCCAAAGUUGAUCCGUUGGAAAUCUACCGGAAAAUCCUGAAUCCCAGCAACGAUGACGACGAUCGUGACGAUUCCAACAACCAACCACCUUCGACGGUCGACCCGGUGAAAACAACAAGUAUCACGACAUCCGUCAACACAACCAUCGCCAACAGUACUAAUAAUUCUUCUAUAAAUAAUUUCACUGAAGUUCAUUGGCGAAAGCGCACAUCGCAGAUCUACGCUAUCAAUUCGAGUAGGUGA